GGUCUCAUUAGUCAAACUUAUAUGCUUUUCUUUUCUAUUUUCUCUGUUUAUAACCCAGUCACUUUUCCCAAGAUUUAUAUAUAUAUAUAUGUGUGUGUCGAAGUGAUUCUGUCUUCUUUCCUGUCUGAACCAAAAUUCACACUCACUCAGUCUCCUAAUUCCGCCAUGGAUGAACACACGACAACCAGACAAAAACCAGCUCUUAACACCCACAACAAAAGCAAACUUGUAAGAACAUUUCACAAGUUGAUAAACUUGAAAUCUGCACCAAACAUCACUUCCAACAAUGGAAUUAGCAUUUGCAUGCUCAAUUCACAGACCCACAAGUUCAACGGCGACGCAGAUUUCUUCACCCAUUCCAACGAUCCCAAAUCCAGACACAAAGCUCUAAUUCUCGAAGCUGUGUUGGCCAAGAUAUUCGCCAGCAUUACCUCCAUUAAAGCUGCUUACGCAGAGCUGCAAAUGGCGCAGCAUCCUUACAACAGUAAAGCCAUUCAAGUCGCCGAUCAAGCUGUUGAUGAGCUCAAAGCUUUGUCGGAUCUCAAGCGUAGUUUCUUAAAGAAACAAGUGGAUCUUUCUCCGCAGGUCACGUUCAUGUUAGCUGAGAUUCAAGAGCAACAGAGCUUGAUGAAAACCUACGAGAUCACCAUCAAGAAGCUGCAAACUGAAAUUGAAACCAAAAGAUCCGACGUCGUUUCACUCAAGAAGAAGCUCGAUGACUCCCUUGCCUUCAACAAAUCAAUGGAGAAGAAGCUCAACGCCAGCGGGUCUUUGGCAAACAUGUUUGAUUACAUACAAUUUUCAACCGUCAACUCAAGCCAUUUCGUUCAGGUUCUUCACUAUACUUUAAGAUCUUUGCGGAGCUUCGUGAAAUCAAUGGCGCGGGAGAUGGAAUCUGCCCGCUGGGAUCUCGACGCAGCUGCAAAAUCAAUUGAACCAGACGCCGUCUUUGCCCGGCCGAGUCACCGGUGUUUCGCUUUCGAAUCUUUCGUCUGCAAAACCAUGUUUGAAAAUUUCGAUUCUCCUAAUUUCUCGCUCUGUACUACCGGCGACUCUCUGGUACAGAGACGAAGCCCAGAACAGUACUUCAACAGGUUGAAGAAGCUCAAAUCCAUGAACGCAAUUCAGUUUCUGUCUCAAAAUCCGACUUCAUCUUUUGCCAAGUUCAUUCGGGUCAAGUACCUGAACCUAGUUCACGCGAAAAUGGAGUGCUCGCUUUUCGGGAAUCUGAACCAGAGGAAGUUGGUGACAGCUGGUGGGUUACCAGACUCUGCUUUUUUCUGCUCGUUUGCAGAGAUGACGAAACGAGUAUGGCUCUUACACUGCUUGGCGUUCUCUUUGGGGAAGGAGAUAUCCAUUUUUCAGGUGAAGAAGAACUCCAGGUUCUCAGAGGUUUACAUGGAAAAUAUCACCGAUGAAUCUAUCUUCUCCGGCGAAAACUCCGAUGAUAUUCGCGUGGGUUUCACCGUUGUUCCGGGAUUCAAAAUAGGCGGCACGUUGAUUCAGUCUCAGGUUUACUUACCACCGGUCGUUACAGCUCCGGCCGGUUAGUCGCCGACUCUUUUUCUUUUCUUUUCUUUUCUUUCCUUUUCUUUUCUUAUCUAUUUCACUAGUUCCUACAAUCAAAAUACGAAGAGGAUGACCCGCGCGUAAUGACACGCUCCGGUCGUUAAACUGCCCCAUUCAAGGUUAACUAACAAGCGUAGUUUCCACUUGAAAGGCGCAGUGACCUACCGGUUCACCGCGGCGCGCGUACGUCACGCGAUUCAGAGUUUCAUGGUUUCCCACCCAAAAGUAGCUUAUAAAAAGAAAAAGGAGAGAAAAUCAGGUUAUGGGGAUUGGAGUUGAUAAUAGAGAAAGAAAAUGGUGGGGGGACAUAAAAGUAAAAAUAAACUAAAGAAAAGAAAAAAAUUUCAAUAUCAAACUAUU